AUGACUGAGGCAGUUGAUGACCUACAAAGCCUUAGAAGCUCCUCUGAUGAGCUAAGAAGUAUUGACAGCUCAUCUGAUGAAGGAGGUACUUCUCAUAGGAGGCAAUACCUUAUUUUUAAUGUUGACUCUGAUAUGCACAACUCUCAAUUCAAACUUGGUAUGGAGUUCAAGAGUCAUGAUAUGUUUAGGGAUGUUGUGAAGGAGUAUGCAAUUAAGUGGAGAAAACAUAUAACAUUUAUCAAGAAUGACAAACAAAAGGUGAGGGCAAAGUGUAAAGUUAGUUGUCCUUGGGUUUGUUAUGCUUCAUAUGUAAAACAUGAUGGGUUGUAUAGGAUCAAAACACUUGAUGAGCACACUUGUAAUAGGUCUUUUGAUGUGGCAUAUGUGAGUUCCAAAUGGAUUGUCAAGAGGUACUUUGAAAGAAUUAGGUUAAAUCCUACAUGGCCAAUUCAGUCAUUGUCAGACACUAUUUCAAGUGAGCACAAUGUGAAGGUUGACUUACAAAAAGAGAGAAGGGCAAGAAACAAGGUGCUGACACAAGUAGAGGGUACUACAGCUGAGCAGUUUGCAAUGUUAUGGAGUUACAUUGAGGAGAUUAGGAAUACCAUUCCUAAGACAACAAUCUGCAUAAAGGUGAAACAGAUUCCAAAGGUUAAUGAAUGGACUAAUCCAAGGGUUAGUGAUGGGAUCGAUACAGAGUCAAAGUUUAAAAGGUUGUAUUUCUGUUGGGGUCCAUUGAAGAAAGCUUUUAUGAAUGUUUACAAGCUAGUUAUAGGAGGUGAUGGAUGCCAUUUGAAAGGGUCACAUGGCGGUAUUCUCUUGACUGCUGGUGGGAUAGAUGCAAAAAAUUGCAUAUUUCCAUUUGCCUAUGUAAUUGUUGAGAAAAAGAAGAAGAAAACAUGGUUGUGGUUUUUAGAGUUGUUAGAACAUGAUCUGAAUAUUGUAAACUUUCAUUGUUAUACCUUCAUGAGUGAUAAACAAAAGGGUUUGAUUGAUGCAGUGGCUGAGUUAUUCCCAAAUGUUUCACACAGGUUUUGUGUGAGGCAUUUGUACAACAAUUUUAAGGGUAAACACAAGGGGUUGGUUCUAAAAGAUCUGUUGUGGAAGACUGCAAGGGUAACAACUGUUCCUGCAUUUGUCAAAGUGAUGGCAGAGAUUAAAGAAGUUGAUUGUAAGGCAUAUAAUUGGUUAGUUGAAAGACCACCAAUUCAUUGGAGUAGAAGCCACUUCAACACUUUUCCAAAGUGUGACCUUUUGCUAAACAAUCUACGUGAGUGCUUCAAUUCAAGCAUCUUGGAAGCUAGGAGUAAACCUGUGGUUACAAUGUUAGAGAAGAUUAGGUUUGUCGUGACCCGAACCUGCCCCUAA